UAGAGGAAAUUCAUGCAAAUGUUUUUGUAGGCGCACCGUACUUUUUGGAGAUGCCAGUGGCGUGGUGCUGAAAAAGCCGGAGGAAAAUACCCCACAAACGGGAAGAAACGCACACUUCAGGAAUCACGGAGACUCACACACACACACACACACACACCAAGAGCCCAAGCCUGGCUUUGACAGAAACGUUGCAGUGUGGGACUAUAAGAAAUGAAAACUGAGGUUGGUGUUAUCUGACCUCGCCAACCAAGCUGGUUUACAGGAGAAGCGAAUUGGACUUGAUCCGGCAAUGUGGUGUUUUGUUGGGGCUAUCAUUGCAGCAGUCUGUGCAUAGGAUGCAUCCUCCCUUGGCUUUUGAUGCUGUGCAGAUCCACCCUCCUCUCCUCAGAGUGAUGAACUAAUAGGCAAUGAUUUUCUCCUCGGAAAUCCUCCGUGUUUUACUGUUUUCACGUUAGUUGUGUUUGUUUACUGGCGGCCCGUCUCCUCCCGGUGCGACACAUGCAAUUUACAGAGUAUAUUUUCUAUUAUCGACUAGUUGAGGAGGCAUCCUUUAUACGCCAGAAGAAGAAAACACACCAUUAUUACGAAGUCUGACAGAUACUGAAUAUUUUGCCACGUGAAUGCAAACGCAUAGGACUUGGAUAUACCCAUUUUUCUAUGAUACAAUUGGUAGCCUUGUCCUGGAGAACUGAUCCAAUUGUGUUAUUAUGCAACCGCAAGGAUCUCAUCUAUAUCUGGGUGUUUAAGCCACUGGAUUGCUCUUCGCCCAAAUCAAUGUGGUUUCUUUGGAACAUUUUCAGCAAAGGAACGCAUAUGCUGCAGUGUCUUUGUGGCAAGAGUCUUAAGAAAAACAAGAAUCCAAGUGAUCCCCAGCUCAAGGGUAUAGUGACCAGGUUAUAUUGCAGGCAGGGUUACUACUUGCAAAUGAACCCCGAUGGCUCUCUUGAUGGGACCAAGGAUGACAGCAGUAAUUCCUCUUUGUUCAACCUUAUUCCUGUGGGCCUCAGAGUUGUUGCCAUUCAGUCCGUGAAGACAGGGUUAUACAUCGCCAUGAACGGGGAGGGCCAUCUGUACACAUCAGAACUCUUUACAGCGGAGUGCAAGUUCAAAGAGUCGGUGUUUGAGAACUACUAUGUGAUCUACUCGUCCAUGUUGUACAGACAACAGGAGUCGGGGAGAGCUUGGUUCCUAGGGCUCAAUAAAGAGGGCCAAGCUAUGAAGGGGAACCGAGUGAAAAAAACAAAACCAGCUGCUCACUUCCUGCCCAAGCCAUUAGAAGUCGCCAUGUACAGAGAGCCAUCGUUGCAUGAUGUUGGAGAGACGGUGCCCAAGGCAGCGGUACCUCCCAGUAAAAGCACAAGUGAGCCGGCGGUGAUGAACGGAGGUAAACCUGUCAGCAAGCCCGACAAGCCCGCCACAUAGCCACACCUGACCAGUGCCCAGUGUGUGUGUGUGUGUGUGUGUGUGGAGGGGGGGGGAGGGAUUGUGACGGAGGCAGGGUUUCCCCCCCCCCCGACUAGACUCCAGACCCUCUUUCUUCCGCGGAUCAGAUCCAGGCGAAACCUCCCUCCUUUCCUUUCUUCUUUCGCUCCUCCUUCCUCUUCCUCUGCCUCGUCCUCCCUUUUUCUCUAGCUGUCUCAACACGGAUGGAUGGAUUCUGCGGCGGCUGAGUUUCCCCAGCACAGGAGGGAAGAGGACCGCUGAUCAAUGGAAUGCCUUCAGAUUCCUCUGUAACUGUGAGAAUUCAUGUGAAUAACAACGCGUGUUUCACGACCAUGCUCGUGGUACUUUGCUUGCUGACGGUUCAUUCAAGAAACCUUCCCCCUCUCUAUAAUGCCCUGUUGCAGCAGAGUCUGUGUACCUUCAGAUCUAUUUUCUAUACCACAGUUCACCAGCUAUGUUCUGGGAUAGAGACUGUAUAGAUAGAGUAAAUAUUUGGACUGUCGUCCUCUAUUUUUUACGAGUAUGUUCCCCUCUCCCUCUCUUUCUAUCUCUAGUCACACACUUUUCUCUUUGUCAAGUAACGUAGAAAAGAUAAAAACAUUUUGCAAGGCAGUUGUGUGAUUUUAUAAGAAACACAUUCACACAGAUGGGGCAUAAAAAAACAAGCAUAUAUAUAAUAAAAAAAACAAUCAAAAUUUUCGUCUUGCCUACAACAUGCACACACACUUAGAGACAGACAUACAAAGUUUGUGGGGAAAAAUCAGAGAUGUUGCUUUUUACAACUGAUACAAAAACACACUGGAGGCUGGCAGAUAGCUCCUGCAAUCAUAGUUGAUGAAGUGCUAAUUACCGCCACUGCAAUCAAUGCGAGGAGCUCCCCACACACAUACAAACACACACACACAUUUAUAAACAGAUGUGUGUGUGGGUGGGAAAGAGCGCUGUAAGGAAUGGUGUAUACAUAUCACUAUCAAGUCCCACCAGCGGUUCAGUCCGCCUUCUCUGGUAAAUAGAAAAACCUGAAGUCUAUUUUUCUUUAAUCUUAUUUCCGAGCGUGGGCUCUAGGAAUAUCUCUAGGCCUUGUAGGCCUCUGUCCCUCACUCACUGACUUCUUUGGACUACGAGGCAAGGCUUGUGGCUUUGACCCAGAUGGUCUAUAACUGCAGCACUGGCAGCCAUCUUAUGGCAGCGUCUACUUAAAGCCAGAAAACAACAUGGCUGAAAACCAGUAGGUGACAUUUAUACUGGCUGCAUCCCUAUUUGGUUCGGCAAACUAAAGCAUGGGCAAGAUUAAUAUUGUGUUCUCUCUUCUUGCAGCAGUUAUACAAGAGAUGGCUUGUAUUGUAACAUUUUCACUGUAUAAAACUUAGGGAAAAUGACUAUUAAAAAUCAUAACUUUUUAAAUGACUAGAUAUUAUUAUUAUUAUUAUUAUUAUUAUUAUUAUUAUUAUUAUGAGAGGAUUUGUCUCCUAGCUCAGCAUGCAGAGUCCAGUACUGAUCAUCUUGGCCUAUCACGUGCCUGUUUGGACCUUGAUUCCCGGCAUGCAAAAACAGGUUCCCAGUCCCCACUGGGCCAAAGGUGCCUCACCCACCCGAUACAUCCAUGUAGAGGACACGUAGCAUUAUACAUUGAAAAACCACACUCCGAUGUAUUCAUUCUGAAAUGACCAAAGUCUUUUUUCAUCCCAAGAAGAACUGAUUCUUUAAAAAAAAAA